CGCUCCCCGUUGAUUGCCGUGCCGUGCCGUGCAUGCGUGGCCUGCCGGGUGCGUGUGUGGAUGAGGGCUGCCUGAGAGAGAGAGGGAGUGAGCGAGCUGCCGUGUGCUGUGCUGUGGCUUAUCCUUGUCCUAUGCGGAUUUCACCGCUGACUGCCCGCCCGAGCGGCUCGCAUCAGCCAGGGUAGGCCGGGGGAUUCGGACACUGACAUUCCCAUUCAAGGCUUCCUAAAACACUCGGCUCCUCUCUCACGUUUUCCGGAUAUAGGUGGAAAGGGGAGGGGGGGGGUGGAUAAUCGUGGUUGCCCUGGUUAACCGAUCCCAGUGGAGGGGAUAUUACCGGGGACCUGGAGAGGUGGUAGCAGAGAGGAUGCUCAGUGGACGCGGCGGGAGAUGAGCAAUGGGCAAGGGGCGUCCUAUAACUCCUGACAGAGAAAAGGAGCCUUCAAUGCCAUAGCUACCGCUCCUCUCCUCUCCUCCUCCAGUCCACGUUCCCCCCCUUUUUUAACCCCUCUUAUCACCUGUUGAGUGUUUGUUUUCCACUUUCUAUCCCUCCACAUCCUCCAUCAUCUGUCACCAUGACAACCUCAGCCCUGCGCCGGCAGGUGAAGAAUAUUGUGCACAACUAUUCAGAAGCGGAGAUCAAGGUCCGUGAGGCCACCUCGAAUGACCCAUGGGGCCCGUCCUCGUCUCUCAUGUCAGAGAUCGCUGACUUGACCUUCAACGUGGUGGCGUUUGCUGAGGUCAUGGGCAUGGUGUGGAAACGCCUCAAUGACAGUGGCAAGAACUGGAGACACGUCUACAAGGCCCUGACUCUGUUGGAUUACCUGCUGAAGACAGGAUCAGAGAGAGUGGCCCAACAGUGCCGUGAGAAUGCGUUCACUAUUCAGACACUACGUGACUUCCAAUAUGUGGACCGUGACGGCAGAGACCAGGGGGCCAACGUGAGAGAAAAAGCACGCCAACUGGUGUGUCUCCUCCGGGACGAGGAACGGCUCCGCCAGGAAAGGGGUCAAGCCCUAAAGACCAAGGAGCGAAUGGCUGGAGGAGGCAGUGGAGGAGGCAGUGGAGGAGGGGGUGGGGGGGGGGGUGGGGGUGUGUAUGGAGGUAUACCCCCUUCUUACCACCCAGGCAGGCGAACAAGCCAGCCCAGCAUGGCUGUGCUCUAUGGGGAGGAGUUCAGCCGCUCCAGAGGCUCUCCGUCCUCCUUUAACUCCUCGUCCUCGUCUCCUCGCGCCGCCUCAGACCUGGAGCAAGCGCGACCACAGACCAGUGGUGAGGAGGAGCUGCAGCUCCAGCUGGCCUUAGCCAUGAGCAGGGAGGAGAGUCAGAAGGAGCAGUGCUGUCGUCAAGGAGACGAGUCUCUGUUACAGAAGGCCCUAGAUGAGAGCAGGAGAGAGAGCCAGUCAGGGACACAGGAGUCAGCCAUGCUGGACCUGGUGGACAUAUUUGGCCCCUCAUCGGAGGCCCCACCUCCGCCUAGUGACCCUUGGAACUCUACCCAAGCAACCGGUGACAUCACCUCUGACCCCUGGGAAUCUGUAGCAGUCCACUGCAGCACUCCUGUGAUUGGUAGCCCUUGGACGGCCCCACCCUCGUCCUCCGCCACAUCCAAUCCUUGGGCUCCAUGCGCCAACUCACACACAGACCCCUGGGAAGCAGCACCUAUCUCCUCCAGUCCUGUCAACCACUCGUGGGACAGCCCAACAGACGGAGAUGGAGAUGGGGUGGAUCCGUUUGCUGCACAGGAAGAGGAGAAGCCUCAAGAUGAGGUUCCUCAAGUGUCCUCCCCUCAACGUGCUAGUCCCACAGAUGUAGAGCUGUUUGGCAUUAAAGCAGACUCUGACCCAUUUGCUGAAGCGGAUUCCAAGCCAGAUCCGUUUGGGACUGACCCUCCGGUGAAACCCCAGGUAAACGGACGUGAGUCGGCAAGCCCAGAGAUGUUUGACCUGUCGCGGCUAGCACCCCCGCUCAGUGCCCCACCUACUCGUGUGUGUCGAACCCCAGAGACCUUCCUGGGACCUACAGGGGCCUCGCUGGUCAAUUUAGAUGCACUGAUACCCUCCAACCCCCCUAGUAAGACGCACAACAACCCCUUCCUCUCAGGUCUGAGUGCUCCGUCUCCCACAAACCCCUUCCACUGCGACCAGCCUCGCCUCACCCUCAACCAAAUGCGGCCAUCCUCUACAUCCCCACUACCCCCGCACAUGCUCUCCUACAGCCCGUCGCUGCCCCUCCCUCUGCACCACCAGCCAACCAUCCUCCCCUCCUCUCUCACGCAACCUCCUGCCGGACUCCUGGACCUUCCCUCAAACCUCCCACAGCCCCUGCUCCCCCUUUCUCCACGACCAGCACCCCGCACUCAGUCCCAGACACAGACACACAGCCACAACCCCUUCCUCUGAGACACCUGCGUCUUUCAAGCUCUGGUCUGCAGAGGAAGCCGACAGAAUGGACUCUUUUUGGAUUCAUCUAUGCUGUCUACAAUGAGACUAGUUUAAAAUGAGCCUGAACUGGACUGCGGAUCCUGGUCUGAUGUCAUUGUGCACACUUGAAGCGGAUUAAUCUUGGACUGGAUGUAUGCGUGUCUGUCUAAAGACACAUCAGCUGCUAUAUAACCUGAACUCUUGAAGAAAAAUUCUCACACACACACACACACACACGCACUCAGGCGCACUUAAGGCUGCACAGACACAAACAUGCACACACCACCAAACUAACAGGGUGUAUCUCAACAGUCCCUUCGAUGCCUUUUCCCCAUCAACAUUGACAACUCUGAGCAUCCUUUGACCACUAGGGAUUUCACAAGAACCAAUAAUUCGUUACCAAGUCAAUGCCAAAAUUCGGAAAACUUGACGGUACUUGUUUCUAAACAGUGCUGUAGGUGACGGAAAUUACAUUCUUCCGGACCUGAAGGGGCAAUAUAUAAGCCUACAAAUAUUCUUGUCUGACAUUAAAUGCCAUUGGAAGAAAUGCAGGUGUACAGGUGAUUUUACUUUUACGGCUGUUGCAACUGUCUUCGCUGCCUGUCUCUUCUCCACUCCACUGAACUGUGUGUGCAGGAGGCGAGACAGAUAGCGGUGGAGAGCCGCACACUCAAUAUGCCACUGCAAGUGCAACAAAAGCUCCUUUAAAAAAAAACCAAUAAGGGCAAUUUCUUAAUGUAAUCCCCACAAAAGACAAAAAAUAACAAAUGAAUAAGGAAGAGAGAAAUUCCCUAAAGGGCCAAGACCAAAAAAGACUAUGGAGAGAGAUUGUUAGGCGAUUUUAUAGCCUACUUUGGCUAUAAAUAAAUUAUAAACAAUGAGGAACAGCUUGGAUGCAGGCAUGUUUUUCUUAAUACAAUGCAAAGCUAUUCACCUGUAUUAUUAAUAAAGUAUUGUAAUUUGUAGAAUUUCCCUGGUAUUGGAUUGAGUACUACAUUUUUGGUUUUGUGACAUCCCUAUGGCCCACAGAGACCUUAGAACGUUGGUAUGAAGUCACAUACUUUGAUUGUUCACCAUGAUUCACAAGGAUCCUUACCGCUGCUGCUUCACCGACGAAAGCAUGAAUGCAUCCCACCCCCCGAGACUCCAAACUAUCCUAUUCUGCUGAGCACCUGAGAUGAGUUCUUCAAAUAAAUCCUGUUUUUCUGAUGAGUCAAAUAGUAUCUUGAGCUUUAUUGGCACAAUUGAAUCAUUUUAGAAGGCCCCAAAAGUGUGUUACUGUGAGAUUCAAGACAGCAUUCAGCACUGUUCAAGAACUAAUUGACUCAGGUAUUCCUUCCUACAUAAACAUAAUCUAGUUUGCAUUGCCUUGUUACCUUGUAAUCCCAAUAGCAUCUGGUCCUAAGUUAGUUAUUUGUCCUUGAAGGCAAGUAGCCCCAACAGGAAUCAGGUGGAUUCAAAACUGGACUAAACCAGCCUAAGCUAGACUUUACUGUCUCAAUCUGGACCUAAACUGAUCACUGAUUGUACCCUAUUGGACCCGCGUGCCUGUCUUUACAGCUGACUCACAGUGCAUUCCCGGCUGGUUGAUAUUGGCGCCAUUAAGGAGGACCUCAGGGAGACCGCUCUGUCCCUCCUCCAUUGAGAUUCAACCUUAGUGAGUGGAAAGGCAUUUGUCUACAAAUAAAAAGAAAUGACAGGGGAGAUCAAUGACUUUAUUUCAGAUGUGAGUAUGAAAAUGAGAUGAUGAACAGAUAAAGGAGGAGUAGAGGAAAGCUGACGAGAAAUAAAGUAAAAUGAUUACAGAUGAUAAACUGAUGUAUUGAGCAGUUGCUGCUCUCCUCGGCUCCUCGUUCACUUCUGUGUUAGGAACAAAAGAGUGGGACGAGACGACAUGUUUGGUCAUCACUGCACUGAACCUGGACCUGAAUGUGAAAUGCCUGCCUAUAGAUACACACAGGCUUAGUACAUAAUGUAUUUAACAGAAUGAUACCUAUAAAGUAUUAUGACAUAUUAUACCAAUAAAUGAAUGGUGUUUGCAUUAUAA